GCCCACUGGCCCAGUCAACUAAUCCUCCCGCUCCGCUGCCUUCGCGGGCCGUCCCCUUCCACUCCGACGAGCUCCCGUAAACCAACUCGACGGUCGCCACCGUCGCCGUUGCCGUCGUGUCUCAGGCCCUCGAGGGUUCGUCAGUCUAGUACUGUGUGAGCGGUGAGGUGGCGGCGGCUGGUGGAUCUCACGGGAGCCUGAGGUAUGGUGCUUGGCGCUCGCCUCCUCCUGGGCCUCGCCCUCCUCGCCGCGCUGCUCGCCGUCGUCCUCCAGCUCUACCGCCUCAGGAAGCCGAGGUUGUGGACCAAGGAAGAGUUAGCAGUGUACAAUGGAACGGACGAGAGCUUGCCCAUACUACUUGGGAUUUUGGGCUCGGUGUUUGAUGUCACAAAAGGGAAGUCGAAUUAUGGUCCUGGAGGUGGUUAUCAUCACUUCGCUGGCAGGGAUGCAUCACGUGCAUUUGUUUCUGGGAAUUUUACAGGUGAUGGUUUGACAGAUUCUUUACAGGGCUUAUCUAGCAUGGAGGUAAACAGCAUUGUUGACUGGAGAAAAUUUUACUUCGAGAGAUACAUAUUCGCUGGUAAAAUCGUUGGACGCUACUACGACGAUGAAGGCAACCCUACAAAAUAUCUCAAGGGUAUAGAGAUGAAGGCAAAGAGAGGUGCUCAGCUUCUUGAGAAACAGAAGAGUGAAGAAGCUAAAAUACCCAACUGUAAUUCGAAAUGGAGCCAGCAAGAGGGUGGUGAAGUUUGGUGCGAAACAGGCUAUCCAAGAUUAGUCAGAAGACCAGGUGACAUAGCUCUGACGGGGCAAGUUAGCCAGCGGUGUGCCUGUUACAAGGAGGAGGAGUUGGACAAGGCUGGCCUGGUUGUGUACGAAGGGUGUGAUUAUUUGUCUACAUCUUGCAAAGUGAGUUAGGAUAUGUACAUCUCCUUCUCUUGCCCAUGUAGUUGUCUACGGCUGCCCACUGCUUAUCUGCAAGGCUGCUAAUGGUAAUCAUACACGAAAAGCCCCAGUAUGGGCAGAAUACAUCAUGAUCAUCGAUUUUGCAAGUAGUGGAUCGAUCUAUGUCUGAAUUUCUGGAUAUACAGAGCAAUCGUUUUGCUUCUGAAUUGAAGAUACGCAAUUGAUUGGAAGACUACUCACCAUCAAACCA